UCGUCGAUGACGCCAAAGCGUCGCCCCUUGGAACAGCUCAGCGAACCGGUUAGAGCAGUGGUCGCAUCGCCAGUGGGAGCGGUUGGCCGCGCGUACUUGCGCGUGUGACGCAAGCGUGGGGAAGGGCCGCGCGCGUGGGUACACAUGGACUCCAAAUACCUCCACCAGCACCACCCCUGUGGCGUCUAGUUGUUAGUUGAGGUUUCUCGCACAGUCGCAGGGAAGCUCUGGUGAGCAGAUAAACGCCUCUCGUCUUUUCGCCCGAGCUGCCUCAUACUCCUCCUGUGACUCUCCUGCGAUUUCCCCGAGACAGCCCCCCCCCCCCCUUGUUUGUCAUCUCGAAAGCCCUGCUGUGGCCCGCACUCAAACGGGGGGUCAUCAUCGGUGCCUGCCAUCACCGUCAAUCAUCAUGCGACUGCUGCUGCUGUGUCUUUCGUGCGCCGUCUCCACGUCUCUCUUCAGCGGAUGCAGUGGCCAAGCAGUCAACGGCAGCAUCACACUCUCCGAUCCCAGUCUGGUGAAACUGGGCCUGUUCCAGACCGACCAGAACAACUUGAUGUUCAGCGAGGCGAACGAAUGGUGUCGGCGUUACGGGGAACAGAAGAACGUCAGCGUGAGCCUGGCCACUAUGGAGCAGCUCAACGCCUCCAUCAGCGCCGGCUUCGAGACCUGCAAGUACGGCUGGGUCGCCAGCACGCAGUUGGUUAUGCCGCGGAUUACGUCCAACGACAAGUGUGGCAUUGGGAGCGUGGGAGCCGUCACCAAGGGCCCCUGCUUCUCCAACAGCGUAUUCUGCAAACCCAACCUUGUCGUGCAAAAGGGCGUUUUCCUGCACAUCACCAAGAAAGCCAUCUAUUACAGGAACGUGAGUCAAGAGUGCCACUCCGUGUUGGUGGGCAGCGUGCCAGCAACGUUUUCUCAGGUUCAGGACGCCCUCCUCGUCGAACAUCAGUGCUGGGAAGGCUGGAUCGUGAACGGACAAAGGAGUGGAUUUAAGUGGAAUGCGUCACACGCGUACUGCUACCCGAAUAUCAUCCCAGCAAUCUCAAAUGAUCUUCCCAACGUCAUUUGCUACAACGAAGCACUGAAGUACGGCAUUUACCAGGACCUGCUGGAUUCGCCAGUGCCCAACAACGAGGCACGCAACAGUUGCGCCAUUUGGGGCGCCAGCUUGGCCAACGAGGACCACGUGGAGGGAGCUCGGAAGCUUGGGUUCACGACCACCAUAGACGGAUGGAUUGCCGGGGCAAAAGCGAUCACAGUGGAUUUUGUGAACGGAACAAACGAGACCGCGAUUGUCCAAGCGCCGUGCAUCAACAACAUCAGCCUCGAGGCCUGCGGCCUUCUGCCACAGUUGGAACAUUUCUGACACGGAGGGACCUCCAGACAAAACGUGGAUAAAGAUCGUUAUGGGGAGCAUUCUGGCGACCAUCUUCGUGAUCAUGCUGGCAAGCACGUUCUGCAACAAGGGAUUCUGCAAAAAGCCGGAGCCCACCAACGUGUACGACCCCGACAAUUCGUACCCGCAGCUGCGCGACACCAAGCUGCCCGUCGACAACAAGGUGAAGCUGCUGCAGCACGACCUGCGCCCGUACUGCAUCGGUGACCUGCCACCCCCUCCCGCCGGCUCCUCCUCCGCCAUCCGGUCCCAACUCAAUAGGCAGCAGCCGCAGCCGCCGGGCGGCAUGUACGACAACAUCGCCUACGAGGACUGAAGCUGCAACGGCACCCCCCCCCCCCUCUACGAGCAGACUAACGCUCGCGUGCACACCGUUGCUGCUGCCAAUGGGGGGGAUCAUCCUUGGCCUGGUGGCAGCAGGACGUUGGAAUAGUUGAGAUAUCAUCUAAACCAAGUUACCUAUAAAUGGUAAAUGCGUACCAUUAUCCUUGCAUCUAAACCAUUUUUUAUUUUACCAGGUAAGGCCUACUGAGCUAUGUAGCUCUUUUUCAGAAGAGACCUGGGCCACAAAUGAUAGCUCAACGAAGUGGCUUAUCACGUGGAAAUUUUUUGCAGUCAAAUACUCUCAAUCACAGAGAAAUAUCCACACGACCACGGGGGAGAUCCUGCAAACUCUAAAUAUACAAGCGUCAGGGAUUGGGAUCGAACCCACGACCCUCCUCCACACGAGGCGAGGUAGUUAACAUCUCGCCACCGUGGCGCCCCAACUAUGUUUCGAUGUUAGAAGGUGGAGGCUGUGGGGAGGUGUAUUGAACUUAUUUGUACAGGUGCACACAAACUUUCUAUUUAGUUUAACAGCGAGAACAGGUGCAACAUUUAUUAUAUUAACGUCGAAAUAUUAAAAAGUUGAAUUGAUUACUGUACAUAGCUUAAUUCUUUUCAUGUUUUUGAGAAUCAUGUGCGAGCGUUUACAUGAAGGAAGCAGUUUUAUAUUCUUUCUCCAGGGUGAUUAGUUUCCACAACGUUUUCAUUCUUUAAAUGUGGAGGCAUACACUUACCAGACGUGUUUUUCCAUAGAGUCAUUAAAAUUUGACAAUGGGAUCGCAUUGGUGAUUCAUGAAUGUCCAUUUUUUUCUACAAUGGGAAAUAUAUUGUGCCAUCGUUUAGGUGUCAAUAAAAGCCUGAUUCCAAAUGAAAACCUGACCCAUGUAUCUUCUAACCCAGUGGUUCUUAACCUGGGGUGCACGUGCACCCCCUAGGGGUGCGAAGUUAAAUCAUCGAAACACAAAUUAAGAUCAGGCACUUAAGUACAACUACUUAGUUUAAUUAAACCGAUGUAGUUACUAACAUAUUUUUUAGCGAUUGAGAACCAAAGGGGUGCAAGGCUGCAGUAAAAGUUCAAAACCGCUGUUCUAACCUUUAAAACGCUUGGCUAGUAGGUACAUAAUGAGUUACAGUACAAUGUUAAUGAUUGGGACUGAUAAAUUAUAAUACAAUUAUAAUAAAUUAAGGUAUUAUUUUAAUAGCUUUGCAUCCGAUUCGUCGUUCCUCGUGAUGUCAUGGUACGUAUUUAAGGUUAAUCACUUCCUGGAUUCUCAUCUUGAGGCUUGCGCAUCUCACUGAUGAUGGUUGGUAUACGAAACGUCGCGUCUAUUGCUAAAGUCGGUUGUGGGGAUCGCCACCUCAUCUUGCCGGUGAGCUGAAUAAUUACUGAUGCAUUAUCGCUUCAGCUCAAUAAUAAUAAUUGUCUCAUUAUAAUGUGUACAUUGUUAAAUGAUUGUGCACGUGACAUUUUAAUUCGGUUGGCCGUGUCGGGUUGGUGAAGGGUUGCACGACGCACAUCUUGGUCAGACGAUUGCGUUGACGACCUAAUCCAAAACUCACUUAUGAAGAGUAACAUUGGCAAGUGAAAGCCGACGCGGUUUAAAUAGAAAGCCCGAGUUUGUGAACCAUGCCAAUGAAAAUGUUGGUUCAUAAAAAUGCAUUUCAUACACAUUUACACGACUCUAAACUUUUAAUAGCGUAUUUAGAAUAGUUGUAAUCACGUUAUUAGGUAAAUACACAUGUACAUAUAUGGCAAUAUGGGCUCAAGGAUGCAUUUCUUUUUGAAAUUUUCACUACUUGCAGAACGUCAAACAUUUGUCGAAAAAUCUGAAUUAUUGUUUCGACUAUUAUGCAACAUUGUUGGUUUGGAUAAACGUUGGUCUUUGCCUCUG